CAUCUUAUUUUCAUCUUUGCAAAGAAGACAUCAUAACUAAGGAAAAAACUCAAACCCGAAUCCAAAAAAUUGUGGAAUCUUGAAGUGUGAUCACUCAUAAUCAGCAGCAAUGAAAUUUGGGAAAGAGUUCAAGACCCAUUUGGAAGAAACCAUCCCUGAGUGGAGAGACAAGUUCCUCUGCUACAAACCAUUGAAGAAACUCCUCAAACACCACCUUCCUUCAACCACCACCACCGUCGCCACCACCCCCAUCAACCUCCCUCUUCACCUUCUCCAACAACCCUCUUCCCCGCAACUCCUGCAGGCUUGGUUUGUCAGGAUUCUCAAUGAAGAGCUUGAAAAGUUCAAUGAUUUCUAUGUGGACAAAGAGGAAGAGUUUGUUAUCCGCUUCCAGGAGCUGAAAGAGAGAAUUGAGCGUCUUAAAGAUAAAAGCAGCCACAGUGAAAUGUACACAUCUGACUGUGAAUUCAGUGAAGAAAUGAUGGACAUCAGGAAGGACUUAGUUACCAUCCAUGGAGAAAUGGUGUUACUCAAGAACUACAGUUCUUUAAACUUUGCAGGACUAAUUAAAAUUUUGAAGAAGUAUGAUAAAAGAACUGGUGGGUUGUUGCGUCUUCCUUUUACGCAAUUUGUUCUUCGUCAACCAUUUUUCACCACUGAACCCCUCACAAGAUUAGUUCAUGAAUGUGAGGAAAAUCUAGAGCUGCUCUUUCCCCUACAAGCCGAAGUAAUCCAAUCUUCUCCCCCUCCGGAAAAUCCGGCUAGACCGCCGGUAGAUGGCGGCGCAACCAACGCCUUACGUGAGGCAUCCUCAACUCUUGGGGAGGAAACCAUGUACAUAUAUCGUAGCACUCUUGCUGCCAUGAGAGCCAUAAAGGGUCUUCAGAAAGCAAGCUCCACUUCCAAUCCAUUUUCCUUUUCUUCCCUCUUUAGCAACCAAGAUGGUGAUGGCACCGGUGCUGUAACAGCUGAAAACUCGGCACCAAAUUCUCCGGCGACAUUACCGAAUGAAACAAGCAUUGGCAAAGAGGGAACCAAUUCUGUUUAGGAUAAGUUUUCUUUUAUGCUUGCUUCCUGUAUCUUUUGAAAUGCGUUUUCAGUCUUGUUAGUUGAAACUAAAUGAAAUGAGAUCUUUCUGUUCGUAUAUACAAUAAAACAUGUUUUAACUCAGAAAAUAAUAUCUCAGCAUUGUCUUUUCUUUGCUUUGCUUUCACUUU